AUGUCCUGGAACACUGCCAAAAAGAGACUAACGAGAGACAUAGAGGGUCUCCCCAAGCGUCUCCGUGACCACUACCAAAGGGAGGCCAUCAAAUACGCAUUACCAACCUUCGACGUCCAAACACCUCCCCUUCUCAAGAACAAAGAUAUCAAAUCGCUGCACGAGAUUGGAAUCACAGAAGGUGAUUUAAUCUACAUCACUGAAGGUGAAAACAAGGGCACUGUCACCACUGUCACCAAAUACCUCUCCAACUACGACUCGUUCGUGGUCACUAACUCCACAUCGAAGAGAUUGUUCCAGAAGUCCAACUGGGUGGAAGGACAAACCAGUCACGUUAUAGAUUUCCCCAACUUCAUCCCCAGAAGCCACGUCAGAUUGGCUGGUAAGGAGAAGGACGAGAGUGGUGCCACCAACUACUUGGUUGCCGACAAGGUUGUGUUGAAGGACAAGUACUACGACGACAGAUAUAAGAAAUGGUUACCAAGAAGAUACGUCAAGCAUCACGAAACCAUCGAAAUCCCAUGGCCAAACCCCCCAGGAAAGCUCGAGGAGGGCGAGUUGUCCACGGAAGGAGACGCAGUUUUGGACAAAACUUACGAGUUACAAACCAUCGCCAAACCACCAGUACCUGCCGAAGCAUUAGCACAAUUGAGAAACCCACACUCCAAGUACAAGAAGAGAGUUCUCAGCGAAUUACAAGCCAGAAGACUCAAGGCCCCAGAAAUGCCAUUAUCUACUGAGCAAAAGAUCUACUUGGCUAAGAACGCCAACAAACCAAAGAAAACUUACACCAACUUAUCUCCAGAGAUUGAAGACUUCAUUGGCUCGAAGAUGGCCGAACAUAUUAGCAAGAUCGAUAAUCCAGCCAUGCUUACUCACUUGGAAGCAUUAUCUAAAUCCACCAUUCCAGACUUUGAAAAGACCAUGAAGAAUAUCAAGGAGUCAGAACAAGCUUAG